AUGCUGUCGACGGUGCCUGUGGACGACGCCAUCCGCACGCUGAGCACGGAGAUGUCCAAGGACAAGGAUGCGUCCUUUAUCGGCAAGACGGAGUCCGAGAUGGAAAUUUUGGCUCAUUACGCCAAUAUGGGCCGCCGCCGCGCUGCGCUAGGCGCGAUUCUUGGCUCCACCGUAAUGGCCGGAUUCUGGAAACUCUCCAGGAAUCAGAAAAGAGCGGCAGGGGCCUUCGCCAUGAUGUCUGGUGGUUUGUUUGGAGCUUCGUACGGCAUCAUCAGCAUCCGUCGGGACUUGUUCUCGGACCUGCUGAUGCUGCCGUCGGACAAGUCGCCGUUUGCGACUCGGGCUAGGUCCAUUUUGAUGGAGAAGAUUCCGGAUAACCCAUUCGUGCAGGAGCUGAACCAGAAAUUUAAACAUUCAGCGGCUGCUACUGACUCGUGGAAUGAGGAAGCAAAUGAACCUGCGAGUUUUGGAGCGAAACCAGCGACGAGUCUCCCACCUGUUCCUCGCUACGACAAUGGGAUUUCUAGCAGCAUUCCCCCGAUUACUGGACUCGACACUCCUCGACACAAGAAGGAUUCCAGUGACGGAGACCAGGAGGCUUUCGGAGAGCCGAACGACAGUGGAAGUCGUUCACCAUUUUUCUUUGGUGCGAAGCCUCCAAAUUCCGAUGAAUCGGAAUUUGGAGACCGUGAUGCUCCUCUCUCUCGUGACCCUUACGCGCACUACUCGCGGGAUACUCGUCGCGCAGGAACAGACAAAAAUGUUCCAGCACUGCGCCAUGACGAAGAUGACUAUUUCUUUGGAGUGCCCAGCGAAGAUGAUGCUCCAGCAAAACCCACGACCUGGGAAGAAAUCCGGCGUCGUGCUGCUGAACGCGAAUAA